UUUUACAUUUCCCGCCACAUUUUUAGUAAACGAAAGUAACUUUGAUUAACGGUAUCUAAAAGUAUAAAAAAGUAUAAACAAUAACCCGCCAUGCCAAAACGUCCACCCUCAAGACAGUCAAGUUCUAAAACGAUUCAAGAGGCAGAUCAAUCGCAAUGGGUGUUUCUAAUGAAUGAUAACCUUUUAGAAAUCAGUGGAGAUACUGAAGAGAGACCAGUUAUUUGUCAAUUAAGACAUCCUAAAACAGAUGAAGGUUCUUUAUAUUUGUUUGAUCAACAUGGUAAGGAUGUGUAUGAAAUAAUUAAAUAUAAAGAAGAAUUUAGAUCGUGGUUAAUAGGUGAAUCAGUUCAAAAAGAUGGGGGUAUUAUUUUAACAACACAAAUAGAUCCAGUCUUCCUAGUAUUACCAUAUCUUAUACAACAAGAUAAGUGUAGUAAAUAUAUGACAUUAGAUCAGAUAGUUAUAGAUGAUAAAUAUACAGAAUGUAUAAGAUUACCAGAUUGUAAUGGUUUAAAUGAAUUAACACAAGUAGCUGAUGUUAAAGGUGAGAAUGAUUUCAAGGCAUAUAGAUAUAAUAAAGAUAAAACGUUAUCAUGGUUAAAGGCAAAGGUUGAUAUUUUAACUGAUGGAAUUAUAGAAAAGGGAAUUCAAGUUAUAAGAUCACAGAGUGCUAUGUAUGUUAAAUCUAAUAAAGAAGAGAAUUUGGACAGAGAUGCAUAUGUGAAAUACUCAUAUGGUAUUAUAUCAGACUACCUCCCAUUACAGAUUAGUCAAGAAUUAAAAACCUAUCUGGGUAUACCUGACUGUGAAGAAAAGGUGUCAAACAACCCUGUAGAAGAACCUCCGGCUAAGAGAGUGAAACUAGAAGAUAUAAAACCAUUAGAAGACUAUUCAAAACAAAACGAUGACAAAAAGAAGCCAACACUUUCUAAAAAACUUUCAAUGGCUCAGAAGAAAUUAGAAAAAAUUGAUAAGAAAGGAAUGAAGAGUUUAUCUAGUUUUUUUUCUCCAAAACCUAAAUAAUUUGUUUUACCAUUAUAAAGCCAUUGUUUUGCAUUUACGGACCUUUAAACUGUUCUUUACCAAUCAAUUAGAAUGCCAGUAAAAUGUUGAUAUAUCUUGAGAGCCAGUAGACUUUAUUAUCCAGAAGUUAUUGAAUAGAAACUUUUUAACUAACUGUAAUUUGUCCAAUUUGAAUAUUUGGACCAGAAACCUGGUUCAAGUGCUACUCAUGGCAAGAAGAUCCUCAUGAAACUUUCCAUGCAAGUUCCUUGGACUAUUGUGAAAAAAUUUAAGGACUUGAUUUUUGGUAUGAUGUCGCAAUUCCAACAUCGUGAGGAUGACAUCAUGCACGGUCCUAAAGUUCAAUAGAACACUUGUAUUUGCGUUCUGCAUGUGAGGGCAAAUUAAUUGUCAGUAUCCUAUGAUAAUUAUUGUCUGCACGGUGUGAUUAUGCAUUUUAUUAAUUGGUGCUUGUAUGUAUAGAUCUUACUUAAUUGUAAUAAAAACACUGCCAAAUACCGGUAGAAACUAUAUACUUUA